UGCAUACACCUGUAUAUAAUUGUUUAUAAUAAAAUUUUUAAUUUUGAUCCUGAUUUUUGAGGUUAGGUACAUGUAAAGAUCAUUUUCCCGUUUUUAGGUUAUAAUUUUUACAAAUUUGUCAACAAUCUUCAAAAUUUGACGUCUAUCAUUUUCACUUUGCAAGUCAAUAAUAUCAUGUUAUGUUAUCUUUAAAAAUGUUGCCAGCACGUGACACUUUGCGUUUGACAUUGAUGACAUAUUGCGCACUUAACCUCAACAUUAACAUCGCAUGAAUAAGUCAAUUUAAACAUUUUUAAAUGUAUAAUCAUAGUACACUAUUGAAUCGUAUAAAUUCGAGUGUCAAAAAUGUUCGUUUCAAAUCGAUACAAGGGGAUAGUUGUCAGGUGCCUUCGGCACCUAACCUAAAACUCCGAAAAUGUUUGGUGGUGUCAAAGUUGUCCAGAUAUGAAUUCGAGAAACUGAGACAUCCUGAAUUGAAUGCUGAGGAAUUGGAGUGUUUGUUGAAAAAUCGGGGGAAUGAUAUACAAGCUUUGUUGCAUUACUAUAAUUUACACAAACAGUUCGAGAAUAAAGUGACGAAGACUUUGAGGGAUUUGGGGAUUGAGGUGCGGGUUGUCAACAGGAUAACAGCCACAGCCGAGGCUUUUUUAUGGAGUGAUUUGGUGGUACCUGUAGGAGGCGAUGGUACGUUUCUUUUAGCAGCCAACCGAGCCCGGUGUAUUAAAAGACCUUUCGUAGGCUUAAAUUCGCAUCCGUCAAGGUCCGAAGGCAGUCUAUGUCUACACCGUUAUUAUUCCGAACAUAUUGAGGAAGCUUUUAAAAAAAUCCUGCACGGGGACUACCAUUGGUUCAACAGGAACCGCAUAAGAACCACGGUACGUGGUGAUGGUUUGUACGAUUGUGACCGUUUUCGUAAAGUAGACCUACAUGAUCAUACUAUGAAAACCAGAAUGGUGUCCAGACAAAUUGAUAAAAAUGAUGUGGAACCUAAAAAUGUUGACUCUAGGUGCACCAGAGUGCUCCCAUACCUCGCGUUAAACGAGGUCUUCAUGGGUGAAAAUAUGUCUGCACGUGUUUCGCACCUACAAAUCUGCAUCGACGACCAGGACACAGUCACCAAAACUAAGUCUUCUGGUCUCUGUGUUUGCACAGGUACUGGUUGCACAUCCUGGCACAUGAGCAUCAACAGGAUAUCAUCCCAAUGUGCAAGAAGACUUCUGGAAACAGUACGCAAUUUAAGUCCUUCCUCCGACAUCAAAGCCACCGCCAAAGAAAUUUCUUUAGCCUACAACGAUAGUUUAACAUUCCCGCCAUCCGAUGAACGCAUGUGCUAUUCUUUACGCGAAUUAAUUUCUGUCGGAGUCUGGCCCCACCCGAAAGGCAUAAAAUCCAGAGGCUUCGCCAAGAAAUUAACAGUUACCUCCAGAUGCAUCGACGCCGGUUUGGUCAUCGAUGGCAGUAUAUGUUAUCCUUUCAAUGAUGGUCUUCAGGCCACUCUGGAGGUUUUGCCAGAAGAUACUUUAUAUACGAUAACUUUAGAUUAAAAUAUCAUUAUCAUAUGAUGACUGCAUUUCUAGUAUUCUAUAAUAUAGUUUAGCAAGAUGUAUAACUUAUGUUUCUUGUGUAUUAUUUGAGGAAAAACGACGUGUUUUAAUAUUGUUGUUAUAGAUGUUUGUAUGAUUACUAUUUUUGUACCAAAUAUUUUUUAGAUUUUAAU